AUGCGGCUUGAAAUUUUUUGUCUUAUCUGGCUCGACACAAAUGCGAAUGCUACAGAAAUUCGAGAUACGGAACAAAGAUUACGUUCUAUUAUUAAUCAUCUCAAGAAGUUUAAAGAUGUAGAACAAUGUCAAAAAUAUAUUGAAGAAAGAUCGCAAAAAGAUCGAUUAGUUAUGAUUGUUAGUGGCCAAUUGGGACGAGAAAUCGUCCCUGUUAUUCACCAACUUCGACAAGUUAUAUCAAUCUAUGUUUAUUGUUUCGAUAAGAAACGUAAUGAGAAAUGGGCUUGUAAAUUUGCAAAAGUAAAAGCUGUUGUCGUUGAACUAGAUGAACUCAUCUCUCGAAUAAAAGCUGAGCAUAAAAUUCAGAAAAUGGUUGAAGAACCCUUGUCCAUUAAUAUUUUUACUACAAGUGCCGGUGCAGGGAAAUCGACAACAGGUUUAAAUGGUCAGUUUGUUUUUUCUCAACUUCUGAUUGAUUGUCUUCUUCGAUUAAAAUACACUGAAGAAGAUAAAAAGGAACUUAUUCGUAUUUGUAAACAACAAUAUGAAGGUAAUAGUGACGAAUUGAGUAAUCUUCUUGAAUUUUUGCAAGAUUAUUCACCGAAUAACGUUCUAUGGUGGUAUACACGAGAAUCAUUCUUUUACAAGACUCUUAAUGUAGCUCUCCGCACUCAAGAUAUUCAUUUAAUAUUUUUGUUUCGCGCAUAUAUCUCAGAUAUUCAUCAUCAAUUGAAAGGCCAUCAAGCUAAAAAUUCUCUCCGAGUCUAUCGAAGCCAAAGGAUUUCAAGUGAUGAACUAAGUACUUUGCAACAAUGUUGUGGGCAGUUUAUUUCAGUGAAUUCAUUUUUUUCUACCAGUACUGAUUAUCAACAUGCUCUUUCAUUUCUCAAUGUUCCUGAUGGUACAAACAAUUUGGAACCAGUAUUAUUUGAAAUUGAUGCCAACCCUAAGGUGGUCACUACAAAACCAUUCGCGGAAAUCAGUGCAUAUAGUGAAUUUAGUGAUGAAUCGGAAGUUCUCUUUAUGCUUGGUUCCAUUUUUCGUUUGAAAAGCGUCAAUCACAAUAGUAAUGACCAAGUAUGGGUCAUCAAAAUGACUGUAUGCAGUGAAAAUGAACAUGAAUUAAAACAUGUACUCACAGAUAUGAAAAAGCAACUUGGAAGUGGAGAAACAAAUCUUCAUAAAUUCGGAAAACUAUUAUGGGAAAUGGGAAAGCCUGACCUAGCUGAAAAAUACUUUAUUCGUAUGAUAGGACAACUGCCGCCCAACGACCUAUUACUUGCUGAUUUGUAUCAAGAUCUUGGCAAGCUUGCCUCAUAUGCCGGUGACUUGGACAAAAGUAUGGAAUGGCGUCAAAAAGCUAUCGCACUGAAAAAUCCGAAUGCAUUAGUUGGGACGGUCACUAUUGAUCAGCAUACCGAUUACAUUCAUGUAUUCUAUGAAGGUCAACCCAUAGCUGGUUCACCAUUUAAAUUUCAUGUUGAUCAAGUUCAAACAGAUUAUGUUACAGCGUAUGGAUCUGGUCUUAGUCAUGGUGUUUGUAAUGAAUCAUGUGACUUUCGUAUUGUAACUAAAGAUGCUGGUUCAGGCGGUCUAUCAGUUACUGUCGAAGGAAGUUCAAAAGCUGAAAUUCAAUGUGAAGAUAAUAAAGAUGGUACAUGUGACGUUACUUAUUGGCCGACUGCACCUGGUGAAUAUACAAUAGCUGUUAAAUUUGCUGGUAAACAUAUUGUUGGUUCACCAUUUACUGCUAAAAUAACUGGUUCAACAUUAUCAAGUGAAAAUCGUAAACGCUCACAAGUUAUGGGUGGAAAUCAAAGUGAAAUAAGUUUACGUGUAACUGAAAUAGAUAUACAUGAUUUAAAUGCCACAAAACGUUCACCCAGUGGUAUAGAAGAUAUAUGUUUAUUAAAAAAAUUAGCUAAUGGAAGUCUUGGUAUAUCAUUUAUACCAAAAGAAAUUGGUGAGCAUUUAGUAAAUGUUUAUCGUGAUGGAAAAAACAUUGAAAAUAGUCCAUUUCGUAUACAUGUUGAUUCAUCAGAAAUUGGUGAUGCUAGUAAAGUGAAAGUAUCUGGACGAGGUUUAAAAGAAGGUUAUGCUAAUCAAUUUAAUGAUUUUACUGUUGUUACACGUGAUGCUGGUUAUGGUGGCUUAUCAUUGUCAAUUGAAGGACCAUCAAAGGCUGAUAUUGAAUGUCAUGAUAAUGAAGAUGGUUCAUGUCUUGUUACAUAUAGACCAACUGAACCUGGAAUUUAUAUUCUUAAUGUUAAAUUUGCUGAUAAACAUGUAUCUGGUAGUCCAUUUACAGUUAAUGUUGGUGGUCAUGGAUCAAGUCGACUUCGUGAAAGCAUUAUACGUGAACGUCGUGCUGCUGAUAUAACACAUAUUGGUAGUCAAUGUGAAUUAUCCCUUAAAAUUCCUGGUACUUCAUCGUUUGAUAUGAGUGCUUAUGUUACAAGUCCAAUAGGACGUUUAGAAAACUGUGAAAUUGUUGAACUUGAUGAUUGUAAUUAUUCAAUUAAAUUUAUUCCCAAAGAAAUGGGUGUUCAUACUGUUAGUGUUAAACAUAAAGAUAUGCAUAUACCUGGUAGUCCAUUUGAAUUUACUGUUGGUCCAAUACUAGAUGGCGGUGCUCAUAAAGUUCGCGCUAGCGGUAAUGGUCUUAUACGUGGUGAAGUUCAUGUAACAAACGAAUUUAAUAUUUAUACACGUGAAGCAGGUGCUGGUGGUUUAGCUAUUGCUGUUGAAGGUCCAGCUAAAGCUGAAAUAGACUUUUUUGAUCGUAAAGAUGGUUCAUGCGGUGUAGCUUAUGUAUGUCCAGAACCAGGUGAUUAUCAAAUUUCAAUUAAAUUUAAUGAUGAACAUAUUCCCGAAUCACCAUUUAAUGUUUCAAUCGUACCACCAUUUGGUGAUGCUAAGAAACUUACAAUACACAGUCUUAAAACCAAAGGUCUUGAUGUAAAUCGACAAUAUACAUUUACUGUUAAUGUUA